AUGGUGGAGUAUUGGAGGGCAGGCCCGACGACGGGAGGAUUCGCGGCAGACGUCGCGGCCUUCGCCUUCUUACUAACCGACGCCAUCGACGCUAGGUGGUCUGAGAUGGGGAAGAAGAGCCGCUGCACCCAAGAUCACAUCGAAGUGGACCGCACGCGGAGGAAGGAGGUGCCGUGGGAUGAAUGUGAAACAAGGGAGAGCAAUGAUGGGCCUGCGCCGUGCACAUGCUUUAUAAAGACGUGGGUAGUUGCCGAGGCGUCGUGGGGAGUGGGGAGGAGCGUCCUCCACGCGGGACGGUUCCUCCCAAAGACGACAACCUCUACCCAUUCAAGCGCCGCCGAUACGCCGCCGCUGGUGCCAACGACCCCGCCGACCCCGCCGUGGACCCCGCCGAGCCCGUCGAGGACGCCGAGGACGCCGCCGAGCCCGUCGAGGACGCCGAGGACGCCGCCGAGCCCGUCGAGGACGCCGAGGACGCCCCCGAGCCCGUCGAGGACGCCCGUCGAGGAUGCUGCCGCGGCGGCCGUGGCAUUCGUCGCGAAUGUCGACAUCCUCGCCGACACCAUCGCCGCGCACGAGGUCGCAUUCGCCGCGCACAAGGAGGCCCUCGCCGCUGCAGAAGCCCUCACAUCACCGGCAGCCAUCGUCGUGGCCCCGGCGGCCGCGAACGAGGAGGCGCUCGAGGUGGCCCUCGACGCGCUCGCGCAAGCGGAGUCCAUGGCGGCGCACAAGCCGGCCCUCGCCCAGUUAUUCGCGACGUUCGCUCAGCUCCUCGCCGAGCGCUCGGCUACCCUUCGCCCGCGCGUGCAGGCCCUCACCGCGCCAGCCGCGCCCGCUCACCCGGGGCCACAGCCGCCGUCAGAGGAGCCAUGGGAAGACACGCACGCGAAUUUGGCCUACAACGGCGAUGAAAUCAAAAACUAGAGUAGAUCAAGGUUAGAGCGCGGAGAGUUGACAAUUCACCUCUUCAGAAGUUUGCCCCCCACAGACACGACGACAGAAACACCGAGCACCUACUUUUGACAUGUAGAUAGAUAGGUUCAGGUUCAGAAAUCUCAGCUGCUAAACUUGCUUCAAUAUUCUUUUGUCUUGCGGUUCCAUGAUUCAGAACUGCUUGGACCUUAAUUGGAAAAUGCAGUGGGUUUUCCCAUGAGUUGCUGGCAUGUUUGCAGCAGUGCUGUACGAACAAAAUCCUGAUUUUAUCCAACAACACUUCUUCCAGAUACUGGAGGUUUUUCUCCGGUCUCCAUGACCGAUCUCUUUCCUUUUAAGAAUGGUGGAACCGGGUGAGAAGUGUAGUGCCUCAAGUGUAACCCUUCCUUAUAUGGAACCUAUUGCAUGUGGGUCCACCUUGUCAGAGUUAUGAUGAUAUCAUUUGUGCCA